CAGCAAUUCAGACUGCAUGCAAACCAGAAAGGUGAUUGUGAAAGAGUCGAGAGGGUGAAGUAUAGCGCAUUCCUCGAGAGAGAAUCCUACCGUUCUCUCUCCCAGCCGGCUUUCAACCAGGCAGCUUGGCUCGCACACGCAGUAGAUGUAUGACUUCUGGCUGAAAUUGGGAGCUUCGUGGUCAGUAGGGAAAAUAGAAGGAUUAUUCAAACCGAAAUAGCGAGUAGGCUAUUGUUGCAACAUCAAUUUAUAGGCUACUUUGCGUCGCAGAGAUUUAAUUUCGUACGCAACUUUUUGUUAUCCGUUUUCGUGACCAUGGGUUCACAACAAACUCACUUGUACGGGUGGGCAUUGAUGAUAGUCGCGGUUUUCUGUCAACGGGGUCAUGAAAGUUGCCCGGAGAAAGAUUUGGAGAAAAGGGAAGAGGACGCGAAUGUAGUUUUGACUGGCACCGUUGAAGAAAUCAUGAACAUGGACCCAGUGCACAACACAUACACUUGCAAGGUGAGGGUAUGGCGGUACCUGAAAGGAAAGACCAUGGUCAAUGGAGAGGUUCUUUUGGACGGUGGCAACAAGGUGAUGAUUGGUGGCUUUGGGGACCCUGAGGUCUGCGACAACCAGGUUGCCACUGGCGACACGCGCAUUUUCUUUGUCAACCUGGCUCCGGAGUUCAUGUGGCCAACGCACAAGAAUGAGCUGAUGCUCAACUCCAGCCUGAUGAGGAUUACCCUGCGUAACCUGGAGGAGGUGGAGAACUGUGUGGACGACAAACCUGUUCACUUCACACCAGCCCAGCCUCCUGACGAUUGCAGAGGAAUGCUAUGCGGCUUCGGGUCAGUAUGUGAACGUGAUGCGGCUGACCCCUCCAAGACAGAGUGCGUCUGCAAGAAGAUGGUGUGUCCGUCGGUUGUGGCGCCUGUGUGUGGCUCGGACUCCUCGACCUACUCCAAUGAGUGUGAGCUGGAGAAGGCCCAGUGCAACACGCAGCGGCGCAUCAAGGUGCUGCGCAAAGGACCCUGCGCCCUGGAGGACCCGUGCAGUGAGGUGACCUGCAGCUACGGCAGCACCUGCAUCCAGUCAUCGGACUCCUUGUCGGCCAAGUGCAUGUGCCCGCUGAGCUGCGACGGUAAGCCCGAGCAGGUGGUGUGUGGCAGUGACGGCCAAGACUACCGCAACGAGUGCGAGCUCUACAAGCAAGCCUGCCACACCCAGAAGAACUUCCGCCUGCAGCACCAGGGAUACUGCAACCCCUGCAAAGACAGUGAGAACAGUCUGAACGUGGCGUGCCGGGUGGAGCCACGUACCCGCCAGCCCCUGACCUUUGCCCCCCCGGAGUCCUGCCCACCCGUCAAUGAGCCACUGUGCGCCAACGACAGCCAGACAUACGAGAGCGAGUGCCAUAUGACGAGGACGGGCAUGCAGAAGGGCAUUGAACUCAGGAAGAUCCACCCGGGCCGCUGCAAGAAACAAGAGAUGUGCAAGGAGGAGUGCAAGUUCAAUGGCGUGUGCCAGGUGGAACAUCUAGGCGUGCACUGCUCCUGCGAGCCUAUCCAGUGCGACGGGACCUACAAGCCGCUGUGCGGCAAAGACGGACGCAGCUACGUCAACGACUGUGAGCGGCGACGGGCCGAGUGCCUGGCUAAAGCCCACAUCCCCGUCAAGCAGCAAGGCCCGUGUGAUCUGCACGAGCCCAGCCCGUGCCUGGCAAAGGCAUGCGAGUUUGGCGCUGUGUGUGUGGUGAAGAACGACAAGCCCGUAUGUGAGUGCUCUGAAGCCUGCAUCCAGACACCCGACCCAGUGUGCGGCAGUGAUGGCCACAGCUACGGCAGUCAGUGCGAGAUGAGGGCCACGGGCUGCGCCCUACAGAGGGAGAUCCACAUCCAGCACCGAGGACCCUGCGACGAGGCAUGUGCCAACUGUUCAUUCGGGGCGAUCUGCGACGUGCAGUCGGGCAGCUGUGUAUGCCCGCAGGAGUGUGUGGAGUCCCACCAACGGGUGUGUGGCAGCGACGGCUCCACCUACAACAGCGAGUGUGAGCUCAAUGUGCGCGCCUGUACCGAGCAGCUUGACCUGCAUGUGCUCGCCCAGGGACAAUGCAUGACGUGCGGCAGCUCUGUGUGUGCCUGGGGGGCCCAAUGCAUCCAGAACAAGUGCGAGUGCACGCAGUGCCAGGGCCAGGCUUUCUCGCCUGUGUGUGGCAGCAACGGCAUGACCUACGACAACACUUGCGAGCUGGGCUUGGCAUCCUGCGUCCUCAAGAAGAAGAUCGAGGUGGCCAAGCUCGGCAGCUGCGAAGAAGAGUGUGGUUCAGGAGGGUCGGCCUCAGGUGUUGAGAGCUGCGAACAGGAUAGGUGUCGUACGUUUGGAGGCUCGUGGGACGAGGACACAGAGGAUGACCGCUGUGUCUGUGACUUCGACUGCAAUCGCGUGCCUCGCAACCUGGUGUGUGGCUCAGAUGGGAAGACCUACAGCAACGAGUGUGAGAUGAAGAAGGCCAGUUGCGAAAGGCAAGGGCAUCUGCUAAUCCAGAAUCAGGGACCCUGCACUGCGAUUUCCGCCACCUCUCCGCCGGAGCUUACAGCGCCACAACGCUGUAUUCAGUCAGUCUACGGCUGUUGCCGCGACAACAAGACGGCGGCCCUUGGUGUGGGACUCGCUGGAUGCACCAGUACGUGCCAGUGUAACCCGUAUGGCUCCUACAAGGGGACAUGUGACCCGGACAGCGGCCAGUGCUCCUGCAAGCCCGGCGUCGGGGGACAGAAGUGUGACCGCUGCGAUCCAGGCUUCUGGAACUUCCGCGGCAUCGUCACAGAGAACUUGAGCGGCUGCACACCGUGUAACUGCGACGCAGUGGGCUCGGUGAGGGACGACUGCGAGCAGAUGUCAGGUCUGUGCUCCUGCAAGACUGGAGUGAAGGGCAUGAAAUGCAAUGUGUGCCCCGAUGGCAGUAAGAUGGGCAGAAGCGGCUGCGACACAGGUGCUGAUGCCCCAACCUCAUGUAAUGAGCUGGACUGCAAGUUUGGCGCGUCUUGUGUUGAGGUCAAUGGCCAAGCCCACUGUGAAUGCCCCUCGCCCGACUGUGACGAGAAGAACAAGACCAAGGUGUGUGGCUCUGAUGGGGUGACCUACGCUGACCAGUGCCAGCUGAGCACCAUUUCCUGUAGGCGGGACAAGCACAUCAGAGUGGAACACUUUGGCCAGUGCACAGAAAGCAUCACCGAGCCGGCCAGCCGACCCACCCCUUACCCCCCCACCCCCCGCGCAAAAGCCACCACCCCCUCCCACGUCAGGCUUACGUCGUCGCGCCAUGGCACAUCAUACUCUCCCUGGGACGAUGAUGAAACCGAGGGGCCACUAGCCUCAUUCGUGGAGGCCCUGCCGCCCCCCAUGUCCACUGAGAGACCGCUCACCACCAACCACCCCGUCAUCACCCCCCACCACCCACCUCACUCCACCACCCCUCGCCUACCCAGCCACACCAGCCCUGGCUCCUCCCCUACAGCCUUGGAGGACUCAGGGAGCGGUGAGCCCAGCGGAGAUGACCAGGUGGAGGAGGUGGAAGAGGGUAGCGGCGUCGGAGUCCUGGAGGCGAGCGGAGAGGAGCCAGUUGACCCCACAGCCACCACCAUCCCCACAGUUGAGGACCGCUCGUCGUGUGACAACACUCCUUCGGCUGUUGUCCUGAUGGCAAGACGGCUUCCAGCAGCCCUGAGGGAGUCAACUGCCCCUGUAACCACCAUGCGGUUCAGCGGCUUCCUGCACUUGGACCAGGUGGAGGGCCAGGAGGUCUUCUACACCCCUGAGAUGGAGGAUCCUAAGUCUGAGCUGUUUGGCGAGACGGCCAGGAGCAUCGAGAGUGCUCUGAACGAGUUGUUCCGUAAAUCAGAGGUGCAGAAGGACUUCAUGAGCGUCCAAGUCCGCAGCCUGGCGCCCAGCAACUCCAUCCUGGCCUUCGUCGAGGCCCACUUCAACCCAGAGACGAGGUUCAAGGUGCAGGACAUUGAAGGAGCCCUGCUCAAGCAGCUGAAGGCAGCCAAGGAGACAGCCAUUGUGGUGAAGAAGCCAGAGGAGGAGAAUAUUCGCUUCAACAACUAUGGCCUGUUCUCCCUCCCCUACUUCACCACCACUACCACAGCUACCGCCACCACCCCCACUGCCAGCACUGCCACCAGCACCAUCCUGCCGCCCCCCAACUCCCCUUUCAUCACAAGCCGUCCCCUGGGCACCACCCUGCCUCCCCCCAACUCCCCUUUCAUCACAAGCCGUCCCCUGGGCACCACACGCCGUUCCUAUACCAGCCGCCGGACCACCGCCGCCCCUUCUACCAUGGCCCCCACUCCCACCACUACUAUCACCCCCUUCCACAGGACCAGCCCUGUGCCCCACUACACCAAGGCCCAGCGGCCCUGCGACUCCCACCCCUGCCGCCACGGCGGCACCUGCGAGGACGACGGCGCCGACUUCACCUGCAUCUGCCCCGCCGGGAGAGGGGGCGCCGUCUGCGAGAAAUUGAUCACAUACUUCAUCCCGUCAUUCGGGGGUAAGUCCUAUCUGGCCUUCGACACCAUGAGGGCCUAUCACACGGUCCGCAUCGCCAUGGAGUUCAGGGUGGCCGAGAUGACUGGCAUCCUGCUCUUCAACGGCCAGGAUGGCAAGAAGGACUUCCUGUCUCUCACCCUGGUCAAUGGCAAGGUGGAGCUCAAGUUCAACACCGGCUCGGGCACAGGCACACUGGUCAGUAAAGUCCAGGUGAAGCAGGGUCGCUGGUACCAGCUGGUGGUGACGAGGAACCGGCGCAACGCCGUGCUGAGCGUGGACGAUGAGCUCCACAUCGAGGGCGCCAGCCCCCCCGGCACCGACGGCCUCAACCUGGACACACACCUCUUCAUCGGAGGGGUGCCCGAGGACAUGAUGACAGAUGUGAAGGAGAGGACCUCCACUGGUACAGGUCUUGUUGGCUGUGUUCGCACGCUGGACGUCAACAACCUGGUGUACAACCUGCAGGAGAAAGGUGGCAACGUGCUCUACGGCACCGGCGUAGGCGAGUGCGGCAACAACCCGUGCCAGCCUAACCCCUGUAAGAACAGUGCCUCCUGCCAGGUCAAGGAGGCUGAGAUGUUCCACUGCAAGUGCAUCAACAGCUACUCCGGUCCGACGUGCGCCGACACCCACAAUCCAUGCGAGCCUAACAGAUGCCACCCAUCGUCCCAGUGUCAGGUGCAACCAGAGGGAGGGUAUAAGUGUGAGUGUCCCAUGGGCCGCGAGGGACGCCAUUGCGCGCAAGUGUCGGACAAGAAAGGGGUCUACAUGCCGUUCUUUAGUGGAGACUCUUACCUGGAGCUGAAGGGAUUGCACACCUACGGUCACGAUCUCCACUUAAAGGUCAGCAUGACGGUGGUGCUCAUGGCCAACGAAUCCAACGGCAUGAUUUUCUACAAUGGCCAGAAGACUGACGGCAAAGGGGACUUCAUCUCCCUUUCCCUCAACGACGGCAUCCUGGAGUUCCGCUACAACCUGGGCAAGGGCCCAGCCGUCAUCAGGAGUAAAGAUAAGAUCAAGAUUGAUGUGUGGAACACAGUGAAUCUGGAGAGGGCCAGUCGCAAGGGAGAGAUCAACAUAAACGGAAAGGACCCAGUCAGGGGAGAGUCACCGAAAUCACGCAAGAACCAACACACUGCUCUCAACCUGAAGGAGUCUCUGUUCGUGGGUGGUGCUCCUGAUUUCAGCCGGCUAGCGAGGGCCGCCUCGCUCAAAGAUGGCUUCAAGGGGGCCAUUCAGAAGAUCACCCUGAUGGGCACUUCCAUCCUGCGGCAGGAGAACGCAUUGCACUCCAGUGACGUGGCCAUGUUUAAGGGCCACCCGUGCAGCAGGGAUCCCUGCCACAACGGGGGUCUCUGCAACCCCAUGCUUGAGAGCUACGAGUGUGUGUGCCCCCACGGCUUCACGGGCACAGCCUGUCAGAACACCAUCUUGGAGAAGUCCGCCGGGGAGACAGAGUCCAUUGUUUUUGACGGCCGGACUUUUAUCGAGUACCACAACGCCGUCACUAAGAGUGAGAAGGCCCUGCUGGUGAACAAAUUUGAGCUGAGCAUCAAGACGGAGGCCACACAGGGCCUGGUGCUGUGGAGCGGAAAGGGCGUGGAGCGCUCUGACUAUAUCGCCCUGGCCAUUGUGGAUGGCCGUGUGCAGAUGACCUAUGACCUGGGCUCCAAGCCUGUGGUGCUUCGCUCGACGGUGCGCGUCAACACUAACAGUUGGAUCUGCAUCAAGGCCAGCAGAGCACUUAGGGAUGGAUCUCUCCAGGUGGGCAACGAGGCAGCGGUCACGGGAUCAUCGCCUCUGGCAGCCACUCAGCUGGACACAGACGGAGUUCUCUGGUUGGGUGGCUUGGAGGAGUUGAUGGUGGCCCGCAGGCUGCCUAAGGCCUACAGCACGGGCUUCGUUGGCUGUGUAAAGGACGUGGUGGUGGACGGCAUGGAGCUUCACCUGUUGGAGGACGCCCUCAAUAGCCCCAAAAUAUUACACUGUUCCACCGCUGAGGCCAAAAAAUUGCCUGGCUAAACCACCCCCUUCAUAAACUACAUGUCUAAUGCUGUAAUUAAGUUCUAUUUUUGUAUAAUUGUCAUCGCUUUUUAUAUUGGAAAAAAAUAAUACAUUGUUUUAAUUUGUUUUUUUUUGUUUUUAUAUACUGUAUUUGUUUUUGUUUAUCUACGCCUCCCGUUUGUUCAUUAUCCCCCUCCUGAAAGGCCAGUGUAAAUACCUUGCGUAUAUGCGUACAUUUGUGUGGCGUCGCAAGACAAGCGAAAGUUGUAUUAAUUGUAUUUGUUAUUUUCAAACAAUCGCGAACAAAACCUUCGUAUCGCUCAUUACUUGAACACUGGUGAACCACAUUGGUCCUCUCUAUUAUUGCCUUGUCUUGGUGUCAUAUCAAUCACUACCACUCAACACAGCCUAUAGACAUAACCCUAACUCUACAUACAAACAUUCCCAUGUGAGGCAAAUGCAGUAGAGACAUUCUGCAGUUUCCUGUGUCAUGUUCAUUAGAGCACACUGUUACAAAACGUUUUACAACAUUUUGCAACGAGAACAAGCCUGUCUUAUUGGUGCCUCAUGAACACAACUCUGGUAUCAUAGAACCCUCUGCUUAGAUAGGACACAAGUGUAUUCCAUAUUAGUUAAGAAUGAGUUUCGGAAACCGCCUAAUCAAACUCUUCAAACUCCUCAUACAGUUGGCUCUGAAUCAAUAACUCAUUUUUUAACAAAGACAAAGUGCCCUGCAUUCCAGAACAACUAACAUACCAUAAUUUCAAAACAUCCAUCAAUCAAGAAAUGUAAUAAUAAUUUACAUAAAUAAAUGUAAUAAAUAUAGAGUAUAUAAAUACCUGAGACUGUGAAUAUGUAAGAUUGGUUCUCUUCUCAUGUAUUGUGCAUUGUAUUUUACAAUCAGUAAAGCUAACAAUGACCACUAGUUGCAUGCAGUUUCUGCGGUGUUGGUUUUGUUUUUGUUUUUGUUUCGCCGAAUCUUUUCAUUUUUUUUCCCGUGUCAGCGGUCAAGUGGAUUAUUUUACUCUCACCUGAUUUCACUGAGCUUGUGGAACUAUUUAAUUUGUCUGGGUCCUUUUUUGAAAAUGGUGUAACAGAACAAGUUGUUGUUUUUACCACAACUGGCCUGAUGGAGGAGCUGUAAGAUAAGGCUAAAUAGAGGACAAACCUAGAGGAAGAGGAGAGAUAUCAUACCAGGUGGGCAAUGGGACCCUUCAAUGCUCAGUCAUGGAAUGGUCAGUCAUCAAUGAAAUUCUUCAAGCUUUCAAACUUCAGAGUAAACAAUGUUUCUCAAAUUGAAAUGAAAACUGGUUCAUACUCUUGCAUUAAAAUAAAGUGGUCCAUCUCUUGCUGUUGGAAAGGGGAUAAUGUGAUAAGUUGGGAUAUUGGGCAGCAGAAUUUCAAGAAAGAAAAUUGCAAACAUAAUUGCAAAUAAACAUGGGUUUGUAUUAAGAUGAAUUCUGUAACAUCCAAAAACUGCAAUGACUGACAUAAACCCACUCUGUUUUGAUAUAUAAGAUACGUGGCAAUAUUAUAAGGCAUAAAAAAAAAAUAUUGGUUGAGUUUGUUCACUUCAUAUUUUCCCCUCCUGAAACAAAGGUGGCCAUUUUGUACGUGUAAAUUAAGCAUUGUGUAAAACUGUGGAGGUUAUGUUUUUAGUACUAUACACUGGAACCAAGAAGUCUGACUUGUCUGUUCACUACACACAAUAAUGAUGUUCUUAUGUCAAUGGGGAAGGAAAGGGGAGGGGAAGAGCAUUGAAGAUGGCUUUUGAGUCAAAUCAAGGACUAGUUUCCAAAGCUAAGACCAGUAACCGUGUGUGCGUAUGUAUGGUCUACACCACUGCAUUUCCAUGUUGUAUUACUGUUGAAUUGGACCUAUUCCAGUAGUUGUGGAAUAUGUCCUGUGUUAUUGACACUCAGAAGUGACACUGGCUCAAGAGUAAGACGGGCACAAUCUAAUGUUGGGGUAGUUGAAACUGUCUAUGAAUUGCCUUAAAACAGGUCAACGGCUCACCGGUUGACAAAGUCGUCGUCCAUACUGUUCUGUGCUCUUAUUUUAGCCAGCAUACUAGCCUCAUCAUCCCCAUCGACUGGCCUCUAAACUACUGUUUGAUUGAGACGCUCCUGAAGGGCAGCGCACCGAGUAAGAGUGGCAUGAACUGAUCAUUAAUAACUUUAUUACCUUUGUCUUUUGUUCCUACCACCAUGAAAUAAAAUGUCAAACAGA